AGCAGUUGGCUCAAGAGACAGCCACAGCCCGGCUUCACAAGACGGCCGCGCGUAGAGCCAGGACUUGGAUUACGUCAUGGCGUCCUUCGGGUUGGUGGCGAAUGAUCCCGGGAAAGAGGAAAGCGAAUGGCACGAGACCUACCGAGAUUUCGUGAAGAACAUGUACCGCACAUCCUACAACGAUAUGGCGCGCAACCAGGAGGUGCACGUCAAAAGCGAUAUGCCGUCCGGUUUCGGAGGUCAUGUGCCAUCGGUGCGCCACGACAUCCUCUUCCGCAACACUGCGUUCGAUCGAGCACAAGAGGCACUGCGCACUGAUCCCAACCGUGAUGCACGACCUUCCUUCGAGGACCACAUUGCGGGCAUCCCCACCACGCCGCUGCCACGUGGCGCACGCAAACCACCAAGCUAUGGGGUGGUUCCACAUGACGGAACGACCACCAUGUUGAAGCCUCCGUGGGGCGUGAUCACCACCCGCAACUUCCCUCUGAGCCAUCGCUGCCCACCCCCAACCAUGGCUGAGGGCACAUCACGUCUGUCCACAGAACGCUUCAAUCGAACCACUCCAGGUGGUUUCGGCAACUUUGGAACUCCCCGUUGAAGGCAUGGCGUGCGAUUGCAGGAUCGUAAGAAAGUGAGCCACAAAGGCCAAGUGUCACUGCCAGGAACAUCCUGAAGAUUCACCUUCACUUGCCGUGUUUUGACCUGCGGAAAUUGCAGAUAUGAUCGAAUUGGAGAUCAAUUCGAGAAAGUUAAACUGUGUAUGAUAAACUUCAGAUUCACGAUGCGCACGGCUUUUGUAAACAG